AUGCAGCAGCUAACGAUAUUCAUGGAUAUCGAAAGCUCCCGUUCAUACAUCGAUGAGCUGUACUCAUCGGAACCUUCUAAAACAUUAGAGGCGCUAGUUACAUUGAAGAACUCAGUGAUAGGAAGUAAUCGACAGAAGAGUUCCGUUAUACAACAGGGUAUCGUACCGCGAUUGCUACAGCUGAUGUCGGAUGAAACACUUGAUCCCAACAUUAGAUUAGAAGCUACUAUUACUAUCGGUUCAUUAGCUAAAGGUACAGCUGAAAAUGUUAGUUCAUUGGUGGAACAAGGUGCAGCAUCAGCUUUAGUAGAAUUAUUAAGAACAGUCACAUUAGGCACAAAAUUGGUGGAAGCGUCAUUGUGUGCUUUGAGAAGUAUAUUCUUACAUCCUCCAGCACCUGUUACAGCAUUGCCUGUUGAUAUGAGACUCUUGUCAAGGCUAACACAGAUAGCACGCGAAGGUUCACCAACAGCAAGAGCGUGCGUAGUCCGUAUCUUGUCGAUCUGGUGCGGGGGUCCCGUGGAGCAGGAGGCGCUCUGCGCUGCAGGAGCUUGCGGAGCGGCGGCAGCUUUGUUGGCUUCUCGCACUUCACCGCCGCCCGCCCGUGCUCUCCCCGCACUUGACUUGCUAGCCGCUAUGUGUUUUGAGAAUACCAGCGUCUCGCAAGUAGCUUUGAAUACCAGGCAUGGUGACAAAACGAUACCCGAACUUCUAACGUUUCUAGUGUCGCGAGAUAAGCCUUUGCCGGUGGCUAUGGGUGCCGCUAGAUGUCUUACUUUCAUGCACCGAGCUGGAGCUUUGCCACCCGACGAUAACAGAGUAGUGUUUGGCGCGUUACCUUGUCUUGCUCGGCUCUGUACCAAAGAUAUGCCUGAAGACAUAAGGGCGACGGCGGCGGAAACCUUGGCGUACUUAGCUGAGGUGGAUACAUCACUACAAAGGCUAGCGGCUAUAUCGAAUCAUUUGAUGAGUUCGUUAGCAGAUAUAGUGAAUUGCCCCUCAGCUGCUGCUAAGCAAGGAGCAUUCAAAUGCUUUGCAUCAUUAGGGGCUAAUGACGAGGACAUUAGGAAAAGAAUUAUAGAGACACACGGCCUCAUGGUACACGUUGUCAAUGGAAUGAAUAAUCCAGAACCUACUGUAAGAUUAGCGGCCGUAAGAUGUUUGCACUCGCUGUCAAGAUCCGUUCAGCAGUUACGAACUACAUUUCAGGACCACGCAGUUUGGAAACCGCUUAUGCAACUACUAAACGACUCGCCCGGCACGGAGUUACUUACAGUUGGAUCUUCUACUCUCUGCAAUCUGCUAUUAGAAUUCUCACCAGCUAAGGAGCCAAUGUUAGAUCAAGGUGCAGUAGAAAUGUUAUGCAAUUUAACAAAGAGGCCGGAAGCUGCUCUAAGGCUAAACGGAAUAUGGGCUUUAAUGAAUAUGGCUUUUCAGGCGGAACAAAAAGUAAAACAACGAAUACUGUCAUGCCUGGGUACUGAGCAAAUGUUUCGCUUGCUGGGCGACAGUGACACGCGAGUGAUCAUGAAAACUCUUGGAUUGUUAAGGAAUUUAUUAUCAACGAGGCAACAUAUAGACGCAAUAAUGAGCGAAUACUCAUCGCAAGUUAUGCAGGCCGUGAUUGUGGUUCUAGAAGGAUCGUAUCCAGCUGAAGUGAAGGAACAAGCUCUUUGUAUAUUAGGCAAUAUUGGAGAUGGAGAGAAAGCAAAAGAUCUCAUAAUGGCAAAUGAAGAUGUUUUGAGAAAGUUGGUGGAUUAUUUGGCGCAUCCGGAGAGCAAGCUGCAGGAGGCGGCGCUGUUCGUGGCGAACAAUCUGGUGUGGCGCGGCGAGGCGGGCGCGGCCGCGCGCCAGGCGCGUCUCGCCGAGCUGGGCGUGCUGCGCGCGCUCAAGCUGCUCUACGCGCGCCAGGACGCCGCGCACCUGCACGACAAAGUGACGACAGCCCUGGCACAGUUCAGUGAGUUCACAUAA